AUGGCGUCAUAUCACUUACCAGCGCACAUUGUCUCAGUGAGGGCGGCAGGAAACUCCAAGGACUACUCUGAAGACCAGGAGCCCACGAGAAGGCACAACUCUGAUUCUGCUAAUCCCUUGUCUCAAAGCAAGGUACCUGCUAUCGGAUGCAAGGGUACAUUGGACUGCCUGGUAGAGGAGGAAGCGCGAGACAUGGUGGUCAAGCCAGAGGACCUUCAGGCCACUUUCGAGAACCUGAUGUGUGUCAUCAAGGAGAAAGGCCAGGUAGCGUUCAGCGGAGACACUGUGCACAACAUGCUCGGUAGCCUUUACGAGUGGAUGGUAUUCGACGAGAACUCGCAGAUAGUCAUCCCUUCUGAGCCUUGUUCCACUACGGUGCAGAAGAUGUGGCCUCAAGGGUCUAGGAUAGACACAAGGAAGAAGAAAGAUAGGUCAGCGGUGGAGUCCAGCUCAAGGCGCCUCAAGGAAGUAGACGGAGAGUAUGCUUCCACCGUGGCUAGCUUGGUGAUCUCUUCUACGAUGGAAGAAGAUGGGAUGGUAAUAAGGAAGGGGUCCAUAAUAUAUGCCAAGAGAACGCAUCAUAAUCCUUCAGGUCACGUGCAACCCGCACAAUACCAGCACUAA